AUGACUCUAAAUCCCCAAUUCGCCGGCCAGAAGCUCUCCCUGAGUGGAGGCACGGAGACCAAGCAUACGCUGGAAUUUUUACGCCUUCGAACCCAGAAACCAGACACUAACCCCGCGACCUCCCUCCCUCAGUACUCCGCCAUAUUCUUCAACACCUUCUACCCAACCAUAACCCCUCUCCUCUCCAAGAACGCCCACUACCGCGACAAUCUCCAGGUAAUCUUCCGCCAGCAGAUCCAGCCCUGGCACCCCUCCUCGACCCUCACCCACGAAGCUGGCGUAGCCGUCCUAAAGCUUGCGCCGGAGAAAUUCUGGCCCUUCAGUGCCGCGCUCUUCGCCAGACAGACAGAGUUCUUUGAUGCGAACGUUGUUAACGAGACGAGGAAUGAGACGUAUGCGCGUCUGGCGAAGAUUGCGGCCGGCGUCGGGGUUGAUGAGGCGGCGUUGCUGAAGAUGUUGGCUGUUAGCGAUAAGCCGGAUGAGCAGGGAGAUCUUAAUGGGGGGAAUGGGGUAACUGGGGAUUUGAAGGUUAUGGUUAAGGCUUCGCGGUUGAUCGGGGUGCAUUUUACGCCUACGGUAUACUUUGAUGGCGUUGAGGAGAGAACCAUUAGCAGCAGGUUUACGGCAGAACAAUGGGAGAAAUGGCUUGAGAAGAAUGUUGUGUGA